AUGGGGCUGCUGGAGGCUGUGUCCCUCACCACGGACUGCUGGACGUCGCGCGCCCUGGACUCAUACAUGUCCCUCACGGCGCAGGCCAUCACCAAGGCGUGGCGGCUGUGUCGGUUCACCUUGUGCACGGAGGGCAUGGAUGUUAGCCACUCGGGGGACAACUUGGCGUUGGCGCUCAUUGAUAUGUGCCACUCCUGGGACCUGGAGGGCCGGACCACCAGUAUCACGCGCGACAACGCGAUCAACAUCGUGAAUGCCGUCAACCAGGUAGACUUUGUUGAGUUUAACGUGUCGUGCGCCGCCCACUCCCUGCAGCUGUGUGUCAACGACGCCCUGAAGACCAACCCGACCUUCAAGGCCGCCUGCAAGAAGGCCAAGCGUGUGGUGGCGCACUUCCACCACUCGACGAAGGCCACCAUGGCGCUCGAGAGGGCGCAGUCGGCGGCCGGCAUGAAGGAGGCCAAGCUGGUGCAGUCCUGCGCGACGCGCUGGGACUCCACGUACUUUAUGUGCAAGAGCUUGGUGGAGUCUCGCAACCCCGUCCGCGCCGUGCUGGGCGACCGGGCCGUGACCACGGCCAAGCAGUCCAGGGCGCUGCAGAUGACGGCGGAGGAGUGGGGGGAGCUGGAGGCGAUGCUGCCGGUCCUCAAGCCUCUGCAGGUCGCCACCACCGUCCUCUGCGCGGACGACAAAGUGACCAUCUCGGCGGUGAGGCCAAUCGUGCGCUCCCUUCUCGACGUGCACUACAAAGAGGACGACGACGACCUGGACCCCUCCGAGGAGCGUGUGCGUGCCUUCAAGGUGGAGGUGAGCCGCCUCCUCAGGCAGCGCUUCCAGAUGGAUGCGUCGCCAGAGAGCCCUGUACUGGUCCAGCAGCUCGCCUCCCUCCUCGACCCGCGCUACAAGAAGCUCCGGGCUGAGCCGUCUGCGGCCGAGGCGGACAAGGUCCGCGAGUUCCUCAAGCUAAAGCUGCAGGUGGCGGCAGCAGUGGCCAUGGACGUCAACCAGGACGACACAGCGAGAGACAUGUCCGACCCGAGCGACGCCCUGGACUUCUUGUUCGGCGGGGAAGCCGAGGCCGCGAGCCCAAGAACGUGGCAGGCGGAGUUCGACGAGUACCUGGCGGAGCCUCAAAUCGGCCACGGCCACUGCCCCUUGGCCUGGUGGAAGAACCACGAGAAGCUCUAUCCCACCCUGGCACAGCUGGCCCGCCGGUACCUCGCCGUCCCUGCCACCUCAGCAAGCAGCGAGAGGGACUUCUCGACAGCUGGGAACUCAGUGCGUCCUCACCGCGCUUCCCUCUUGCCCGAAAAUGUUUCUGUGUUAGUGUUCCUGUAUCAAAACAGAGCCACUUUACUUAAACUGCUUGGCUUAUUGCAUUGA